AUGAAAUUCGUCACUCUGAUACUCGUCCUGUCCCCCUUGUCAGUAUUGGGACAGUACUGCAAGGCCCCGCCCGCUAACUGCGAGGCAUGGGAUUGUGCAUCCUCUCGCAGCUGUUUCUACGAUGACGGCAGGGCCAAGUGCCCCGGAACCCGACUUGCUUGUUGCAAAGCUACAACUGAAGACCCAGGGGCUGGUGGAUAUUGUUACUAA